AUGAAACAAAAUAUUCUUUAUUGGAAUGAACAACGUAAAAUUGAAGAAGAUAAAUUAUUUCAUAGUGAAGAAUUAGAAUUUAUUAAACAAAGAGUUAAAUCAAAAAUUAAUUAUUUGGCUUCAUUUAUUAAUUCAAUAACAUUUGAACAAAUCAAAGUAAAAACAUUAUGUCAAAGUUGUAUUUUUUGGUUUAGGUUAAAAGCAUCUGUUACAAAUGCAUUAGGUAUUACAACUGCAACUAAUUUCUGUGAUUAUGAUUAUGUUCCAAAAACUUUAUGCAAAGUUACUGUUCAAACUACACACUCAUUAACGAGUAAAUAUCUUUACGAUGAAAAAAAAGAAGAAGAAAUGUAUUGUUCUUCAUAUUGUCUAAUACAAAAGAAAUAA